CAGGAUAAGGGAUUCGGACCUCCCUGCUGAACCUGACUUUGUUCCAUCUGUACAAGUUGUCUACGAGGCUGUGGAUGAGGAAGUUUCUGCUCCUGGACGAGACGUUCCAGACAUUGUGAUCCGCCCUGCCUCCCAGAACACCCUCACAAACACCAAAGAUACUACAAUGUCCAACUCUGACGAAGAGGUCGAAACAGCGCCAAGUAACGUGAGUGUCCAAGCCGAAUUGGAAAAUAAGACAGAUGUUGAAGACAAGGAGGCAGUCGGCACCCUCCCGGACAUUACAGGGGAUGAUGUCGAAGACGACGAAACAGAGCGAAGUGAAGUUUGUGUCGAAAGUCUUCAUUCUGGAGACAAGGUGGAUGUUGGAGACAAAAUGGCCCUGACAGCUGCUGGUGGCGAGAUGCUGACAUAUAACCAGAUCCAGGCUGCCCAGCGGAUGCUGCGCCGCCAGUACCCGGCACUCCAAGGGCUGGAUGACCCCGUACAUGGUUUCUAUGAUGUAGGAUUCGCCAAGAUGACGGGAAAGGGGCUACAAAUCCACCACGAUGGUAACAAGCACUGGGUGCUGUCGGCGUACACAGUCGGCCAGGUUUGCCUGUAUGACGGCCUCGGCGUGUCCAUGAUGACCAAGCCCCUACUGAUCCAGCUUUGCCAGUCUUACGCCACCUUUUCUGACAAAGAAACAGACGUCCUGCCCGUCGUGUUGCCAGAAGUGCAGAGUUAUUGGAAUGAAAACGAUUGUGGGCUGUUCGCCAUCGCCUGGGCAGUGGACAUCGCAGAGGGGCAAGACGUGAGCACGGUUGAGUUUGACGACAGGAAGAUGAGGAGCCAUUUGGAGAUGUGCUUCAAAGAAGAGAAACUCACACCGUUUCCACGUCUGACCAGCCGCAGGAAGAAGGUCGGUCCAACCAAGGCACACCAAAUCUCGCUGGUCUGCCGCUGCGAACAAGGAGGGCGUCUGGGAAGGAUGGAGAGGUGCAAGGCAUGCCGGAGGAUGUUUCACGUCAGCUGCCUGCCGGUCAGCCCUCCACGUGAUGGCACAUGGGCAUGUGACGGCUGCGUUGUGUAA